AUGCGUUGCGCAGUUUUCGGUUGCAAUAAUAACAAUGGUAAAAAUGUCGCUACGAAGUGGAGAUUUUUUCAUUUCCCUAAGGAUAAAGUCGUAGUAAAACAAUGGGUUCAUUUUUGUCGUCGGACGGACAAAAUUAACGUUAAAAAUGCGUGCAUUUGUGAAGUGCACUUUGCGCCAGAAGCCUUCGAAAGAAAUUUGCAGUUUGAAAUGGGUUUAAGUUCGCGAAAUCCAACGAAGUUGCUACCUAGCGCUUUUCCCACGUUAACCACUGCUCCUGCAGAGACUAAUGAACGGCAGAAAAGGAUGGAGUCUCGUUCCAAAAAAGAGAUGCUGACAACAAUCUUGAAGAAUACCGCCUCUGUUGAAGUAAUUCAAGAAGACGAGGUUAGAGAGGCACCUCAAACUGCAGGAGAGGAGGUCAUUGAUGAGAAAGACGAGAAAAUACUACAUUUGGAAACAGAAAUACAAAUGCUGAAUAGUGUUGUUAGCACUUUGAAUAAGUGCAAAAACGAGCAGUUAGCAGAAAUUAAACGUCUUAAGAUUUCCAUUAUAACCACGGAAUUCCCGAGAAAUAAUUUGGAGCAAAAACUUAGCUGCAUUUUCACCAACGGCCAGAUUGAAAAAUUAAGAGACGGAAACAAACGACGCAAUUGGAAAGAAGAAGACAUAGCUAUGUCGAUCACGCUAUAUUCAACGAGCCCGAAAGCGUACAAACUCUUAAGGAGAAACAACUUUCCUUUACCAGGUGUGCGCACUCUGCAAUGGUGGUCAAAGAAAAUUGGAGCUAGGUAUCAAUAUAAAUAAUGUCAAUAUAAAAAAUUAAAUAAAACAAUGUAAUGAAUAUAUAGGUAAAUGUUCUCUAGAAAAUAUCAUUUAUAUGAAUAUCUUUUAUUAAUGUUCACUUAUAUUGAUGUUAACUUUUGAUGAUAUUAAUUUUCUUGCAUGCCUGCCAUACAAAAUUGCUGCUAAUUGCAAAGAAAAACAAACGACUGAAAAUCAGCUGAUUGUACGUUGGUCAAUCGUGACGUAGAUGCGCAGAACGAAGAAAAUUUGAACUCGUCUUUGUGCAAGCUUUGUUUCUAUUCUUCUUGAUCUUAUACCAUGUUUUCCUGGUUUCACUGGAAUAAAAGUAUUAA